GUGUGCAUAGCGUGCUGCUCACGCCAGCCUGCCCCCUGCCCUGUGUGGGCAUGCCUGUGGGGGCAUGCAUCAGCAGUGCUCUGCCCUCUGUCCCCAGGCUGUACCCUCCCUACGCAGGGUUCCCAGGAGGCAGGCUUCAUCCAGAGACCCAGGACAAUGAAGGUGCUGCCAGCCUGGCUCCUGUGCCUGCUGCUACUGUGUCUGGCCCUGCAGGGGUCUGCAAGCCGAGCCCACCCACACUCUAUGGAGGCCCGCACCCCUGCCAUCAACCCCGCCUGGUACACGGGCCGGGGCAUCAGGCCCGUGGGCCGCUUUGGCCGGAGGUGGGCAGCACUGGAGGCUGGAUCCCCAGCGGCAGGCAGCCUGCUUCCCCCAGGCCGGAGGCUCCGGGUCCCCGAGGGAGAGGGAUCGGUCCAGCUCUUCAGGAAAGUAGCCGGGUGA